UCAGCGCCUGCCUGCGACUCGCAAUCUGUGGCCUCAACUGCUUCACGCUGCAGGCGCUUCUUGCGGGUUUCGGACGCGGGCGCGGCCAGCCAUUUUACACAUGCCAGAGAGAAGUGUGCUGGGCACAGGACACAGGCUGGAGACCUGGCUUCGUGAUAUUAUGUACAUUCUUUCUAGAGGAGUUUAGGAGGAAAUGAGAAGUAGUACGUAGGGUGCCUCGCACAGCGUCAGGCACUUAGUAGGUCCUCAGGACAUGUCAGCCAGUGCCAAACGUCUGCAAACUGUGUAAAGUGGGCCCGGCCGCCAGGCGGGGCGGGACCCCACGCCCCCUCCCUCAGCGUCGCGGGACGUCCCCUGCCGGCUGCCCUUUCUCUGGUGCGCAUGGAGCAUGCGCACACAGCCCGGCCGUUUCGCCUCCAGUCCUGUUUGGCCCCGGCUGCGCGCCGUAGAGGGCUCCGUGCAUUGCCAUAGAAACCCAUGAGUGCUGAGGGGCAAGCGGCGGAGACUCCGGGAUCCUGAGGACCAGGGCGCCAUGUCUUUCCGGGACCUCCGCAACUUUACAGAGAUGAUGAGAGCCUUGGGAUACCCUCGACAUAUUUCUAUGGAAAAUUUCCGCACGCCAAAUUUUGGACUUGUAUCUGAAGUGCUUCUCUGGCUUGUGAAAAGGUAUGAACCUCAGACUGACAUCCCUUCUGAUGUUGAGACUGAACAAGACCGAGUUUUCUUCAUUAAGGCAAUUGCCCAGUUCAUGGCCACUAAGGCACAUAUAAAACUCAAUACUAAGAAGCUUUAUCAAGCAGACGGGUAUGCAGUGAAAGAACUAUUGAAGAUCACCUCUGUCCUUUAUAAUGCUAUGAAGACCAAAGGUAUGGAAGACUCUAAAAUAGGAGAGGAAGAUAUCAGCAAAUUCAAGUUUGACCUUGGCUCAAAGAUUGCAGAUUUGAAAGCAGCCAGGCAGCUUGCUUCUGAAAUCACUUCCAAGGGAGCAUCUCUGUACGACUUGCUGGGCAAGGAGGUGGAGUUGAGGGAACUGAGAACAGAAGCAAUUGCCAGACCUCUGGAAAUAAAUGAGACUGAAAAAGUGAUGAGAAUUGCAAUAAAAGAUAUUUUGGUGCAGGUUCAGAAGACGAAAGACCUGCUCAAUAAUGUGGCCUCUGAUGAAGCUAACCUAGAAGCCAAAAUUGACAAGAGGAAAUUAGAGCUGGAAAGAAAUCGGAAGCGACUCCAGACUCUGCAGAGUGUCAGGCCAGCCUUUAUGGAUGAAUAUGAGAAGACUGAGGACGAAUUGCAAAAGCAGUAUGACAUUUAUCUAGAGAAAUUUCGAAAUCUGGCUUAUCUGGAACAGCAACUCGAGGAUCAUCACAGGAUGGAGCAAGAGAGGUUUGAGGAAGCUGAAAACACUCUCCGUCUGAUGCAGAACAAGCUAAAGGAGGAAGAAAAGCGACUGCUCAAGAGCAGAAGUUGGCCAGGAGUGCCUGAAGCAGCCCUAAAUGAUAAGCCUGCAUGGAGUUUAUCCUCUUCCGAGAGGCCCAGCACAGGUAAUGAUGACUCCGACAUUGACAUCCAGGAGGACGAUGAAUCCGACAGUGAACUAGAAGAGAGACGGCUGUCCAAGCCACGGACAGCCAUGGAGGCGCUCUUGCAAGGACGACCCAGCAAACGCGUUGUGGGCACAAUGCAAGGUGGAGACUCAGACGACGAUAUGGAAGCAGCACCAGCUCUCUUAGGUAAAUGCAAGACUUCCAGCUCCAAGAAACAGGUUGGUUUUCUUUUUCACCUCCAUUUGUGUGUGUGUGAGCCACUUACGGUCAGCAGAGAGCCUUCCCCAAGAGUGAUACCUUGUGUCUGGGGCAAGAAGCCACUCACAUGGGUUCCACAGUGAGUGGUGAAGUUACCUAGAGGUCCCUGUGCUAAUGAGGAGGCGGGGUGAACACUGAGCCAAGAGACAAGGAAGGUUAUCAGGCCCCUGAACUGUAACCUAGAAGAGAAGGGAUUCUGCUGAGGGCUGGGAUCAAGACCAGGCUUUUCUUCAGCUCCAUUCUGGGGAGGGAACCUGAAAGGCAGGCUCUCUUGAGACCAGGGCCCAGAGUGUGACAUCACGUUGCUGAUGCCUUGAGCACUGUUGAGUGGAUAACUGACUGGGAAACCAAUGGAAUGGGGAACCAAGGCAUCCUUGCUGGGGUCCAGUUAUUGGGGCCGCACUGUCCAUCGAUCUGGGCUUGCCUUCUUUGUUGAGUCCCUGGCAGGGCUGUGAGGCCCAAGAGGCAAAGGUGACUGGACUGAUGGAGAUCACAGACUUCCCAUCAGGCUGAAUGCCAUGUGUGUUUGGAGCACGGCACUAGUACAUGCACAUAGCGUGGGCUGAUAUUCUUGUACAAACAGUUCCAUUUAUUAGGUACCAAUGGUGAAUACUUUUAGAGAAAUUCACAGGAGAGGAGAGGUCACUCAGAUUUGCUGGGCAAGAUGCACAGAGAAGAUAGGGCCUUGAAUUCAUAGAAGACAGUCUGUAGAGAAGCAGAGAGACUACCUCCAAAAUUUUUUUAACAAAGUAGGGGAUGGAUGGCUAAAUAGCUUCUAUCCAUCCAUCUUACCCAUCUGAGACAGAAUUAGGGAAAGUCUGGUGUGGAAACUCAUGACACUGGCCUCUUUUCUUAUGAUUUGCUUGAUCAUUUGUAUAGCUUUCUACUUUUCUGAGUAAAUGCCUUAUUUGUAGCUUAAAAUCUCCUCUGUGCCUGUUGCCCCUUAUUUAUCUCAAGGAGGCUGUUUCCACACAUCCCCCUGGGCUUGUCCUUCACCUGUUCACUCAUUCACUUGCCGGGUCCUUGUUGAGUGCCUGUUACGUACCAAGCACUGUUAGGGGUUAGGGGAAUACAGCAGUGAACAGAACAAAGCCCCUGCCUUCUUGAGGCUUACAUUCCAACGGUCAUCAAGCAGAUACAUCAGGGGUCAUGGUGAUAAGAAAAAUAAAGCAGGUUUAGGGGACAGAGUGACAGGGAUGAGGGAGGAGGUCGAUGUCUUCUGAUUGGUCAGGGAAGGUCUCUGAUUAGGUGACAUUGGGCAGGGGGCUGAGUGGCAGGAGGAAGGUGAUGCUGCAGUAGGGCAGUGAGGCCUAGGAAACAUGGUUCCUGAAUUCGAGGGCCGGAGGCGACAGCGUGACUGGGAGUGAGUGAACUGGGGCAGGAGCAGCAGGAGAGGCAGCAGGAGCAGCAGGAGAGGCAGCAGGGGCCACGCACAGCUUUGCAGGAUGUGAGGAGGGCUUGUGCUCUCUGAGUGCAGCGGGGAGGUGCUGGAGACCCAGGAGAGCUGACCUGAGUUUCAGAGGAACCAGGUUGGGGGCAUUUGCAGGGGUCUAGUUCAGAGUGAGGGUGGCGGUAGCAGCAGACUGGUGAGAAGUGGUCAGGUUCUGGAUGUUUCUAAGGUGAGAACCAUUAGGUUUUGUUAAUUGGACAUGAGGUGUUAGAGAAAGAGAGAAAUGCCCUGGUUGUGGCUUAAUUGGCUGAAAGCAUAGUUUUCAUUUCCUGAGGGGGGCAGACCUGAGGCAGGGACUUGAGAGCAGAUCAAGAGUCUGGUUUUGGACAUUCUCAGUGUGAGCUGCCUGCUAGAUGUCCACAUGCUGGUGUUGAGGACUUCAAGGGUCAGGUCUGAGCUGGAGAUUGAAUUUGGUGGAGCCACCCAAAGACCACCAUGAGGAUAGAUGUGAUUGCUUGGGGAGAGAGAGUAGAAAGGGAAGAGAGGAGGCCCAAGGCCGACCCUGUAUUGCAGAGGUCAGGGCGAGGAAGCAGGUCAGGCAAGCUCUAUGGAGAAGACAAGGAAGUGAGAUGGGGCGAGCACCUGAGAGGAGGGGGCCUGGAGCACAGGAAGGGGGUUCUGGGGGAGGAGGAGCAGUCCUGUGUCAGAUGCAGCCAUGGGUCAAACAGGAGGAUGGAGAAUUACCCAUAGGAUCUGAGUCCAUUGAACGUUUCAGUCUUGGGGGACUUGGGGGGAGGGGUGAGAGCCUGGCUAGUGGGUGCUUAGAGGGCAGCGAGAGGGGAGCCAGCAGGGAUAGCGUGAGUGCAAGCUCGUUCUGGGGGUUUGCUGUGAGGCCACAGGAGAACAGGGCAGAGUAGCUGCAGAGGAAGGUGGGGUUACAUUUUAGCGUUUUUUAUUUUGUGUUUUUAAGAAGAAGGAGAUUGCAGCAUGUAUGUGUGCAGGUGGGAAUGGUCUAUAUAGAGUGACUGACCAUCCUGGUUUACUGGGGAUACAGGACUUGCAGUAUGAAAAAGCUGGUUGAGUUGAUCACCCUCAUCUAGAUGAUGAAAGAGAGAAUGUCUUUUAUUUUGCUCCUUACACCCGUUUCCUGAGUGGCUUUCCAUCCAAAAGCCCAAAUAAGCAACCCCCACCAAGCCCCUGCCCUUCUUGCUGUCCACAGGUGGGUCUCUGGGCCUCCAGUGAGCUUCCAUGCACAUCCAGUGGUGCUCCUGAGAUGGCGGCGGGAAAGCCACCUUGCAGCUCCAGCCUUGGCUUGCCCGUUGGUGUUUGAGGGUUACUGGUUGGAAGACACAUUUAUAUAUGUAUUUCAGCCAGCAAUAUAUAGACACUGGCCCCAUUCUUAUGCCCCCACAGCCUGACUGCUACUCUGGCAAGCUCUUCCUUCAUGUGGGUGUUGCUGGUUAUUGAGCAACUAGUAAAAAAGCAAGGUAGGGUCUCUGCUGACAUGAUGUCAGUAGCAGGAUGGGACUCUCAGCUGUAUUUGCUGUCUUUUCUUGUAGGAAGACUCAGAGGACAGUGAGAUUGACAUGGAGGAUGAUGAAGACGAUGACGAUUUGGAGGACGAGAGCAUUGCUCUCUCACCAGCUAAGCCCAGUCAAAGAGUCCGGAAACCUGAGCCCCUGGAUGAGAGUGACAAUGACUUC